CACAUUUUGGAGCGGUUUUGCCGCAGCCCAAAGGAAAAAAAAAGGAUAUUCAAAAGGCUGCAUUUUCCCCCCUCCUCUCUUUUUUCUUCUUGUUUCUUUACACUUUUUUCUUUAUAUCCCAUACCAUGCAGAUUUUCGUUAAAACUUUGACUGGCAAGACCAUCACCCUUGAGGUCGAAUCCUCUGACUCUAUUGACAACGUCAAGCAGAAGAUUCAAGACAAGGAAGGUAUUCCUCCAGACCAGCAGCGCCUCAUCUUCGCUGGCAAGCAGCUUGAAGAUGGCCGCACAUUGUCAGAUUACAACAUUCAGAAGGAAUCCACUCUCCACUUGGUCCUGCGUCUCCGUGGUGGUAUGCAAAUCUUUGUCAAGACUUUGACCGGCAAGACUAUCACUCUUGAAGUCGAGUCGUCUGACUCCAUCGAUAACGUCAAGCAAAAAAUUCAAGAUAAGGAGGGUAUCCCCCCAGACCAGCAACGUCUCAUCUUUGCUGGUAAGCAGCUGGAAGACGGUCGUACCUUGUCCGAUUACAACAUCCAGAAGGAAUCCACUCUCCACUUGGUUCUCCGUCUCCGUGGUGGUAUGCAAAUCUUUGUCAAGACAUUGACCGGCAAGACAAUCACUCUUGAAGUCGAAUCUUCCGAUUCCAUCGACAACGUCAAACAAAAGAUUCAAGAUAAAGAAGGCAUUCCCCCAGACCAGCAGCGUCUUAUUUUCGCCGGUAAACAGUUGGAAGAUGGUCGCACCUUGUCCGACUACAAUAUUCAAAAGGAAUCCACUCUCCACUUGGUCCUCCGUCUCCGUGGUGGUAUGCAGAUUUUCGUCAAGACCUUGACCGGCAAAACCAUUACCUUGGAAGUCGAGUCUUCGGAUUCCAUCGACAACGUCAAGCAAAAGAUUCAAGAUAAGGAAGGUAUUCCUCCGGACCAGCAACGUCUCAUUUUUGCUGGUAAACAGCUGGAAGAUGGUCGCACCUUGUCCGACUACAAUAUUCAAAAGGAAUCCACUCUCCACUUGGUCCUUCGUCUUCGUGGUGGUAUGCAGAUCUUUGUCAAGACCCUGACGGGUAAAACAAUCACCCUGGAAGUCGAAUCCUCUGAUUCGAUUGACAACGUCAAGCAAAAAAUUCAAGAUAAGGAAGGUAUUCCUCCGGACCAGCAACGUUUGAUUUUCGCCGGUAAACAGCUGGAAGACGGCCGUACGUUGUCCGACUACAAUAUCCAGAAGGAAUCCACCCUUCAUUUGGUCCUGCGUCUCCGUGGUGGUAUGCAGAUCUUUGUCAAGACUUUGACUGGCAAGACAAUUACCUUGGAAGUCGAGUCUUCGGAUUCCAUCGACAACGUCAAGCAAAAAAUCCAGGAUAAGGAAGGUAUCCCUCCGGAUCAGCAACGUUUGAUUUUCGCCGGCAAGCAAUUGGAAGACGGUCGUACGUUGUCUGACUACAACAUCCAGAAGGAAUCUACCCUUCACUUGGUGCUCCGUCUUCGUGGUGGUCAGUGAUUUCAUUGUUCCCCUCAUAAUGAAAAUUUGCCUUAGUCCCCUUCCCUUUUUCAAAUAAACACAUGCUCCUAUCAUUCUCUGGCAAAUAAUAUGCGCGUUGUUUUAUCAUGCUUUAUUUGUGUGUUCGUGUCAAUUUAUCGAAUGUUCAUGAAAGGAAAAAUCAAAAUUAACGCAAAAAGAAAUAAGGCUAAUAGGGUGGUAAAUCAUCUCUAUGUCGUUUCACUUGUCUUGCUCGGAAUACAUCAAACUCUGGCGGGCGAUUAGGUCCCAUGCCUGCACAUUUAUUUUAAUAAAUAACGACUUUUCUUGACAGCCUAGGACGCGCUUUUU